GUUUGGUCUAAUACAAGACCGGAACCAGUUCAAAUGACCGAACCAAUUGAUAAGCCAGUGGGCGUUGGGAGUCGGAGACUCGGAGAUACCGGCGGCGGUGGGAAGACGAAGAAGAGAAAAAUAGAGACGUUAAUCAUCUCCUCGAUUUCCUUCCUUUUAGACAGUCGGAGGGCUUCCACGUGUACAUACUAUACUUCCAAAAUGACCAAAAAUUCUCAAUGCCUAUACCAAUUUAUCAUUAUUUCUUCCCGACGUCGAGGAUAUUCUAGUCCUUUCAUACCACAUAGAAAAGCUGAAUCAGCUCGUUGUUCAUCGCUCACUACUGCGUACUUUAGCAAACCUCUGCCAUUUGCAUAUGUGAUUUGGCCAUUAAUUUUCCUCUGGCAUUGCCUCCUUCUAACCUUCUAUUUCUUCUUCUCUCCAAUCUCCAUUCCAUCUAAUCUAAUCUAAUCUUUUUUGGGUUUUCUCUCAUCUAAUUCGUAUCUGUUCUUCCUCUUCUCUGCAACAAUUAAAGAUAUGGAUAGUUAGUAAUGCUUAAAUAGCGCUUAAUUUCAUCAUCGGAAGAGCCAAGCCAUGGCUCCAUCGCAGAAGAUCUUCUCUUUCAAAGGUUCCGUCACCAAACGUACGGAGGCUCCUCGAUGCCUACCCAUAUCUCCACCUACGAAGAAAUACAAGUCCUUGAACAGGAUAAUGGAUACGGCGCCUUACGCAGUGAUUGAUCGAGAUUACAGUGAUGUGGGCUGCGAGCAGUGUGGGUCCGGUGAUCGAGCUGAUGAGUUGCUUCUCUGUGACAAAUGCGAUAAGGGUUUCCAUAUGUUCUGCGUGAGACCCAUUGUCGUUCGAAUCCCAACUGGCCCUUGGUUUUGCCCUCCCUGUUCUGGCAACAAUCGACUAAGGAGAUUUCCGCUGAAGCAGACCAAGAUUGUCAAUUUCUUCCGGAUUCAAAAGUGUUCUGAUGAGGCUGACAAAUGCGCUUCUCCUCAAGAUACUGGGAAGCGUAGAAGGCGUUGUAGAACACUAGUGUUGCAUAAGAAAAGGAGGAGACUAUUGCCAUUUCUUCCUGCAGAAGAUCCUAAGCGUAGGCUGCAUCAGAUGGGUUCCCUUGCUACUGCUUUAACAGCACUGCACAUGGAGUUCAGCAAUGACCUCAGUUACAUGCCUGGUAUGGCCCCAAGGUCUGUCAAUCAGGCCAUGUUUGAAAAGGGUGGCAUGCAGGUUCUGUGUAAAGAAGAUGCGGAAACAUUGGAGCAUUGCAGAGCCAUGUGCAGAAGAGGAGAAUGGCCUCCCCUUUUAGUCGUUUUUGAUUCAUGUGAAGGUUUCACAGUGGAGGCUGACAGUCACAUAAAAGAUAUGACACUAAUCACAGAAUACACAGGCGAUGUUGAUUACAUUAAGAACCGGGAACAUGAUGAUUGUGAUAGUAUGAUGACCCUCCUUUUAGCAAAAAUCCCUUCUAAUAGUCUUGUCAUUUGCCCUGAUAAACGGGGAAACAUUGCUCGGUUCAUUAAUGGCAUCAACAACCAUACUCUGGAGGGCAGGAAGAAACAGAAUCUAAAAUGUGUCAGGUAUAAUGUGAAUGGUGAAUGCCGUGUCCUACUGGUUGCUAUUCGUGAUAUUGCAAAGGGGGAGAGGCUAUACUAUGACUACAAUGGAUACGAGCAUGAAUAUCCAACUCAUCAUUUUGUCUGAGUGUCUCUAUGACUCGCCUUUGGAUCCAAGCAGUUUACAAAAUUUAUAGUUUAAAUCUGGAUCCCUUGGGAUUGACUUUUACUCCAGUAUCUGAUUUUUUUCGUGGCUUACUCAUUAUUGUGCUGAAAUCAGCAUAAUUCAUUCACCGAUUUUAUUUUACCGGAAAACAUUUUAUUUCUAGUGUUCCAUUCUUGGCGAGAGUAGGAAUGACUAGGACAGUUUUCUUCAGUGCCAGUAAAGAAAAGAAUAACAAUUUUUUAUUCUUCAGAGUUUUGUUCCUGAAACUUUGUCUUUUGUAAGACAUAGUUGUUGAUUUGAGGUUACAUUUUGUCAAAUAGCAUUGAACUUGCUUCCAAAAAUACAUUUAUCCAUAAAAUGUUAGAAGCAUUCCUUUCCCUUCGGCUUGUCCCAUAUUUCUGCUAAUCCACCAAUUUGGAACUAAAUUUGACCUCCCAGUGUGAAAUUAGAGUUUGAUCCAUGGUUCUCUAGUAUCUAGAUGGAAAUACCUUAUCGGAGAUAUUUUGUCAGCGCACAUAGGACUCUCAUCCUCAAACAUGCUUGAUCACCAGAAAAUUGGGAUUCACAUUGGUGCUCUAUAAGUUGGGAGGACUUCAGCUCAAGAAUUCAAAGCAGCCAUGAGGAAGAGUAUAGGGAAGUGUGAGAAUCUCUGCAGCAGGAAAUUCUAAUGGGUGGAGAUGGGGAACAUCUGAGCUCAUUCUUCUUGUUGGAACUCUUAGAAGAAAUAAUAAAUAUAUCCAGAUUGAGUUGGGAUGGUUCUACUUUCACCAUCAAUAUUUUGAAUUGGCCAUUGCAAUUUUGGAAAUAUGUCUAGAUCAUGCUCAUUAAAUCACUGCAGUGUGGUAAACAUUUACAAAGAUUGGAAUGCCUGGAGUUAGAUGUAUGCUGCAAAGCAAUGGGGAAUUUUUUUUUAGUUAGUUGGUAGAUGUUCUGCUAAGAAGUCUGAAUUUGCUGAGCAAACCUACCUUCAAAUGAGAGGUCAACUCAUAUAUUCUAUUCUUCUAUAUCAAGAGCGAUGCACUGUGUAAUUAUGGUUAUCAAUAUUUUUUGUAUCUUUUCCUUGGA